AUGUCUGUCCCCAGGCCCAUGUUCCACUCGCGCUCCCACAUAGAGGUCGGCGAUGUUGUAAUCCUGUACAUGGCUCGCGACAACCUGAGCGCCAUCACUGUUCAACCCGGUGAAUACCUACACAACAAGUACGGAAGAUACGCGCACGAUGCCUUCAUUGGCCAGAAGUUCGGAUCCAAAGUUCAUUCUCCUCCACCCCAUUCAGGGUAUCUCCACCUCCUACGUCCUACCCCAGAGCUCUGGACUCUGUCUCUCCCCCAUAGAACCCAGAUUCUUUACCUCCCCGACAUAUCUUACAUCACCAUGCGACUUCAGGUGCGAGUCGGAGGUAAGGUGAUCGAGGCGGGCACUGGAAGCGGGAGCAUGACGCACAGUCUGUCCAGAUCAGUGGGGCCGAUUGGGCAGGUGCUGUCGUUUGAGUACCACAGGCCUCGUUUCGAGACGGCGUUGUCAGAGUUUGAGUCUCAUGAUCUGCGCAAUGUGCGGCUACAACAUCGAAAUGUCUGCAAAGACGGGUUCGGCGAUGCCCAAGGGGUGGAAGCUAUCUUUCUCGACCUUCCUGCACCCUGGGAAGCUAUACCCCACGCUAUCAACACCCUCAGAACCGAUACCGUCACACGGAUAUGCUGCUUCAGUCCUUGUAUUGAACAGGUGACCAGGACUGUCACAUGUUUGCGAGAAUUCAAUUUCCAAGAAAUUUCCACCCAAGAGGUUCUUUUACGCACUCACGAGCUGGUCACAUUCCCCGACAAUGCUCAAUACCUCCACUCCAUAUCCUCGGUCGUCGGUAACCUGAAAGAGCAAGAGCUUAGAAAAGAAGAACGGCGUAUUGUGCAAAUCAAGACGGCGCGGGAGAAUAACCGCAAGGCCAAGGUUGAUGAAGCUGGAGAGGGGACUUUGGCAGAGGGAGAGGCAACGUCCAAAAGGAAGCUUGAAGCUGUCGCUGAAGAUACUUCCCCGGCUGUUUCCGAGAGCUUGGAAGCUCCUGAUCUCUCCGGUUUCUGGAAGGAGCCCGUUCCAUUGCCUUCCAGUGUCAUCACAAAACCGUCCACCGAGAUGAAAGGUCACACCUCCUACCUCACUUUCGCGCUUCUGUAUCCAGAGCCGAUCCGGGCAGAUAUUGCCGCUCAGGUCGCCAAGGAGAAAGGGCAGUCGAUAUCUGCUGGCGUGGGGGCAGAGAAGAUUGUGGAGAGCCAGUAUGAUGAGGACGAUGAGAUGAACGAGGCUCUGAAGGGGUUUAUUGCGAAAGGGAACGUACCGUGA